AGUUAGUCCAUACUCUUCUGCAGGGUUUACUCAUUUAUCGUGGGGCGGCCGGUACGGUGACUGCAGGCGUCAUGGCGAGCCUGGACCAGAAAUCACCCAACGUCCUGCUGCAGAGCCUCUGCUGCAGGAUAACCGGGAAAAGCGAAGCUGAAGUCGCCCACCAGUUUCAGUACGCGGUGCGGGUCAUCGGCAGUAACUACGCCCCUAGCAUCGAACGGGACGAGUUCCUGGUGUCGGAGAAAAUCAAGAAGGAGCUGCUGCGGCAGAGGAGAGAAGCAGACGCUGCUUCAUUCUCGGAGCUGCACAGAAAGCUUCAGACGCAGAGCGUUCUGAAGCACCGCUGGUCCGUUCUCUACCUGCUCCUCAGCCUCUCCGAAGACCCCCGCAAGCCUUCCAGCAGGGUUGGAAACUACGGGGCGCUGUUCGCCCAGGCCCUCCCCAGGGACGCUCACUCCACCCCGUUUUACUGCACCCGACCCCAGAGCCUGGCCCUGAGCUACGGGGAGCGCAGCGCCGGCCUCUCCGGUAGCGUCGGGACCAGCGGGAUUUCCAGUUUAGGGGUGUACGCUCUGAACGGACCCACGCCGACGCCGCAGACUCUGCUGGCUGGUGCACCACCUCAGUCUGCUCAGCCUCUGGGCUCACGGUUAGCCUGGGCUCUUCCCGUCACCUCCUCGCCUUCGUCUGCUCUGGCCCCGCCCACAACCCGGCCACUCCUCGGGCCCCCGGUUCCCUCCACCAGAUUGGCUCGCCCUCGCCGAGACGGCGACCCAGCCGGUGAGGCGAGCGAGGCGGCGCUGGUGAGGGACAUCCUCUACGUCUUCCAGGGGAUCGACGGCAAGUUCAUCAAGAUGAACGCCCAAGAAAACUGUUACAAAAUAGACAGCAAGUUGGUUCUGUGCAAGUCCCUCAGAGACACCAGCAGCAGACUGGCCGAGCUCGGCUGGCUCCACAACAAAGUCAGGAAGUACACAGACGCCCGGAGUCUCGACCGGGCCUUCGGUCUGGUCGGACAGAGCUUCUGUGCGUCGCUCCACCAGGAGCUGAAGGAGUACUACAGGCUCCUGUCGGUCCUCCACUCACAGCUGCAGGUGGAGGACGAGCAGAGCGUGACCAUUUGCACAGAGAGCAGCUUGACCCUGAGGAGGCUCCUCGUCUGGAUGUACGACCCCAAGGUGCGCCUCCGCACGCUCGCCGCCCUCGUCGACUUCUGCCAGGGUCAUAAGGGAGGCGAGCUGGCGUCCGCCGUCCACGCGUACGGAAAGACGGGCGACCCGCAGAUGAGAGCGCUGGUUCAGCACAUCCUCAGCCUGGUGUCCAACCCCAUCCUGAAUUUCCUCUACAGGUGGAUCUACGACGGAGAGCUGGAGGACACCUACCACGAGUUCUUUGUAGCGUCGGACCCGAACGUGAAGACGGACCGUCUGUGGCACGACAAGUACUCCCUCAGGAAGUCCAUGAUCCCGUCCUUCAUCACCAUGGACCAGGCUCGCAAGGUUCUGCUGAUCGGCAAAUCGAUCAACUUCCUGCAUCAGGUGUGCCACGACAGAACGCCGCCGGGCAAAAUCACACCGGCGUCCAAACCUGCAGACACUCCCAAAGAUGCUUCGGAGCUGCUUUCUGACCUCGAGGGAGCGUUUCAGGAGAAAAUCGACGCCGCCUACUUCGACACCAGCAAAUACCUGCUGGACGUUCUGAACCGAAACUACCUGCUGCUGGAGCACCUGCAGGCCAUGAGGAGAUACCUGCUGCUGGGCCAAGGAGACUUCAUCAGACACCUCAUGGACCUGCUGAAACCUGAGCUGGCCCGUCCUGCUACAACGUUGUACCAACACAACCUGACGGGCAUCUUGGAGACGGCCGUCAGGGCCACCAACGCCCAGUUUGACAACGCAGAGAUCCUGAAGAGGCUGGACGUCCGCCUGCUGGAGGUGUCUCCUGGAGACACGGGCUGGGACGUCUUCAGCCUGGACUACCACGUCGACGGCCCCAUCGCAACGGUGUUCACGCGGGAGUGCAUGGGCCACUACCUGCGUGUGUUUAACUUCCUGUGGAGGGCCAAGAGGAUGGAGUACACCCUGACUGACAUCUGGAAGGGACAGAUGUGCAACGCCAAGCUGCUGAAAACCAUGCCUGAGCUGUCCGGUGUGCUGCACCAGUGCCACAUCCUGGCCUCUGAGAUGGUCCACUUCAUCCACCAGAUGCAGUACUACAUCACAUUCGAGGUGCUGGAGUGCUCAUGGGACGAGUUGUGGAACAAAGUCCAGCGGGCCCAGGACCUGGACCACAUCAUUGCCGCCCACGACGUCUUCCUGGACACCAUCAUCUCCAGAUGUUUGCUGGACAAUAACAGCAGGUCUCUUUUGAACCAACUGAGGGCCAUAUUCGACCAGAUCAUCGAGUUUCAAAGUGCCCAGGACGCCCUGUACCGCUCGGCGCUGGAGGAGCUCAGCCUCCGCCUGCAGUUUGAGGAGAAGAAGGCGGAGAGGGAGGAGGAGGGUCAGUGGGGAGUGACGGCCCAACAGGAAGCGGAGGAGAAGAGGAGGAUCCAGGAGUUCCAGGACACCAUCCCAAAGAUGAGGUCCCAGCUCAGGAUCCUAACCCACUUCUACCAGAGCAUCGUCCAGCAGUUCCUGGUCCUGCUGAUGACCAGUUCCGACGAGAGUCUGCGCUUCCUCAGCUUCCGGCUGGACUUCAACGAGCACUACAGGGCCAGAGAGCCGAGGCUGCGAGCUUCUCUUGGCGCCGCCAGAGGCCGCCGCCUCUCGAACAUCUGACGUGUCGGGGUGACGCCAUGUCUCGGAGGCACGAUCCAGACCUGCGGCGGUCUCCGAGUGACGUCAGCUGGAAUA